GAAAACUCGAAAAUCCUUCUCCUUCGUACUAACAAUUAGUUUUAAGUGCUUACUAACCCAACAAAAUCCAUGUCAUUUAACGGGAACGACGAAAUGCCGCCCGCCAAAAGUCACUUUACCUUCGAGGACUUCAGUACGGAAGACGAAUUCUGCGAAAAACCCACAAUGAUGAUGCCACGAAUGGAUGCUGACGGAGCAGAUGGUUCGUCGUCGGAGCCCUUAUCGACAAGCGAAACCGCAUUGCGUGCCAUGGAAGAGGAACAGGAAAUGUUAACGUCAUCUCUGAUGUCUCUAACAUCGCAUUUUGCCCAAGUGCAGCUCCGUUUGCGACAAAUUAUGGAAUCUCCGCCCGAGGAACGGGACCAACUUCUCAAAGGCCUCGAAGAAUUCGCGUUUCAAGGCAUUCCCGAGCUGAAUAUUCCGCCCGAAGUUGCAAAUACGGAAAAUUUACUCGAUACAGCUGUCGAGGAGCAAGGAACGCGUCAACGGGAACUCAUCGAUACAUUAAAGUCGCAGCUGGAAGAGUUGGAAAAAUAUGCAUAUGAGUCGGGAACGGGGAUUUUACCGCAAUCGAUUUUGGUAGAAAAGCAAAAAGUCAUCAUUGACGAGCUCAAAAGCAAAAUAAAUUUAAAUCUGGAUGAAACGGAUUUGCCUCAAUUGUCUCCGGAUGACUUAAAGAAGCACGUUGACUCGGCUUUGGGUGAAUUUGUGUCGCCAUUGAAGAUGAAAGAGCAGCUCGUGACACAAUUAAAGACGCAAAUUACGGAUUUGGAGCGUUUCAUAAAAUUCCUGCAAACUGAUGGAUUUGAGAAAAAAAUGAUGGCAAAGGGAAAAUUCAAUGCUGAUCUCAAAUGUGAGUGUAAAAAUGUUCAUACGGGCGAAGAAUCGUCAAAAAGUAUCAAACGAGCGUACGAUGCGAGUUCCAGUUCCUAUCAUCAGCCCCAAGAAACGCUCAACGGAAAAGCAAUUAGUCUGCUCGACAAAGCAGCUACCAUGCUGCAAUUUUUCGCAAUGUCCCAAUUCGGAUGCAGCAGUCAACGAUUCCAGAUGAACACGCUGAAGAAAACUCACAAAGGCAACCAUUGGGGCGAUUUACGGGCCCAACUUGAAGUUGAUGUGCAAGAAGUUUUGUCUCUUGUAAAAGAAACGAGCAAAUUACUCCUUCAGGAGCGUCGUAAAAAGCGAAAUAAUUCGACGAGUUCGCAAGAUUCGCAGGACAGCAAGUUGAAACCGCCAAAGUAUUCGGAUCCAGAACUGAUAGCGCUCUCCGCUGAACUAACGACGACAGUGAGGAAACGUUUGGCGAUCUCCAUUCAAAGACUCAUGGAACACGGAUUGCGUGGCAUGAACGAACAAACGAGUCUCGUGCCCUUUAUCGGGUGUUUUUCGCACGUUUCGCGAUCAGACUAUGAGGAAUACGUUGACGGGCCUGAUGGAGCGUAUCGGGAGAUGCAUGCGUGGGAACUAAUUCUCGAAUAUUACCAUAUCAAAAAUGGGGAACAGUAUAAUGAGACGCCAGCACGGAAAUUGUCGCAGAGCUUUAAUCUCGAUAUUUGUGCGGGAAAUGUGCAAUCGGCGAAACAGAGUUUGUUGGGCACUGUUGGGACAAUAAUUGCGCUUCAUAGUCCGUAUAAGAGGAGUUAUAAUGCGCAUUUUAAGGCUUUUUUGUCAGCUGCUCUCAAUGCAAAAAAACUCACACAAUGGCUCCAUCUAAUAUUCCAAUGCAAGGAACUCGUCCAAACAUAUUACUCCGAAUGGAGUUAUGUUCGUAACACAGGCUUCCAAGAUGCACUAAAAAGUUUGGAGAUACUGAGUCGUUACGAGUUCGAGCUACCAAUUGAUCUGGCUGUUCGUCAAUUUGAAAAUAUCACAGACAUUUUCAUUUAAAGACACAUUUUUCAUUCAAAGUUUUAUCUCUCGUUAUGCAUCUUCUUGUCGGAUUGUUAUUUAAAAAUUUGCAAAAAAAAAAACAAAAUGCGUGGAAAAAUCUAGUCAAAUUUUUCAAUAAGUUACCAAAGUUUUUGAAUUAUAUAAAAAAAAAUAUUGAUCUCGUAUUAUUUUAUUAUUAUCUAUUGUAUUAUUAAAUAAAUAUUAUAAUGACAAAUAAGACAAUUAUUAACAUAUAAAAAAAUAUAUUUAAGAGAAUUUAAAGAGAAAAAAAAUAAAAUAAAAAGUAUUGUGACCUGUUAAGAUCAAGCGUGAAGCGAAACCCCACGAAAUAAAUUUUAAAGGGAUUUG